ACUGUGGAUUUCUUUAAAAAGCCUUCAGGCUGCCCUACUUGGAAUUAAUUCUCAAUCUUCUAUGAUUUUGGGCAGGUGAUUGUUUUGGUUUGUUUUGAAGCUCUCCAACAUGAUUUUGAUGUACAGCCCAACUUAUCAAUCCCUGAUUAUACUCCAUUUUCUCAUUUGACCUCUCAGUCAUCCUGUGAGACAAGUAGUGUUAGCUCAGUUUUGCACAUGAGGAAGAUGAAGCUUAAUGUGAUUAUAUACCUUCCUCCACAAGGGAUAUAAACAAGAAACUUAACAGAAAACAUUUAAAAAAUGACCUUUAAACAUUUUGAGUGAUGCUUAACCUCAGUAAUUAAAAAAUACAAAUCAAGAUGUCAUGCCUAUAAUUCACUAAGCUGUCUAACAAAGGUUAAAAAGAAUGAUAUAUUGUUAUGGUAAAAGAGUGGUGAAGCAAGCCCUAUUUUAUGAUUGUGGAGUGUAGGUACAACUAUUUUGGAGAGCAUCAGUUGUGUAAAAGUGAUCAUGUAAGCAUAUUCUGAUGUUUAUUAAAGCAUUAUUUGAAGUUGUUUCCAGUUUAAGUUGUUAACUGUGACCAUAAUUAGGAGAUCGAUUAAAUAAGUUAUGGUAUAUACAUUGGAACACUGGGUAGCUCUGUAAUAGAAUAUGGUAAUUUUGUAUUCCCUGGUAGAGAUUUACACAUAUAUUAAAUUUUAAAAAGUUGCUGGGUAGUAUGCAGUGUGAUCUUGCUUUUAUAAAUGCAUGAGAGUUAAACAUUGAAUUCUGUUAACGUGGCUAUUUGUACAUACUUAUAGGAAAAAGUCUAGAUGGAAACAGAAAAGUGUUGAGAGUGGUUAGGUCUGAGAAGAAGGAUUGGUAGGGUGGGUGUUUCAUAUUUUAUACCUGUUUGUUGUUUGUAUUCACCUGGCUGUUGCAAAUAAGGUCUGUUGUUUCUGUAAUUUUAAAAAGAUAUAAAUGUGAAAAAUGUAACUUGGUCAAGAUCAACACAACUGGCAAGUGGCAUAGCUAAGACUUGGAAUUCUCAGACUCCAAAGGAGAAAUUUUUCAGAGAAAUAUUAACCCAUGUGAUAAUGAAUUUUAACUGAUUUGUAGUAGGAAAGCAUUAAAAUUUUUUUGUUUUUAAAAUUUACAUACAAUAAAAUUCCCUUUUUGUGGUAUAAAGUCCUAUGAAUUCUUUUUAAAACAAACUUUUUAUGGAAGAAUAGCAUACUUAAGAAAAGUGUCCACAUUUUAACCAUUCAGCUCAAUGAAUUUACACGUGUUGCCAGGUAACUGGUACCCAGUUCAAGAAACAGAACAUUGCUUGUAUUUCUGAAGUCCUCCUCAUGACCCUUUCAAUCCCCACUCUCCUGACUUCAAACACCAGGGAUUAAUUUAGCCUGAUAUUGAGCUUUAUAUAAAUGGAACCAUACAUAUGCUCUUUUCUUUGUCUGGCUUCUUUUUUGCUCAACAUUAUGUUUGUGUUUAUCCAUAUAGUGUAUGUAGUCUAGUUUGUUUUCAUUGCUGUAGGCCAGGAUUUCUCAGAUGUGGCCCUAUUGACAUUCUUUGUUAUAGGGGAGGCUCUUCUGUGCAUCAAAGGAUGUUUCCCAGCAUCCCUGACCCCAAUCACAAGAUGCCAGUAGCACGCCCCCCAGUUAUGACAACCUAAAAUGUCUCCAGAUGUUGCUGAAUGUCCCCUGGGGAGGCGGGCAGAGUCUGGUUGAGAACUACUGAAGUACAGUAUUCCUUUGAGUAUGCCACAAUUUAUUUACCCAGGCUACUGUGUUGAUGGAUAUUUGGAUCAUUUCCAGUUUGAAGCUGUAAAGAAUAAUGUUGCUAUGAACAUUUUUGUACAAGCUUUUUUGGGAGGGUAUAUCCACAUUUCUGUUGAGCAUGUAUGUUGGAUUGAAUUUAUAGGUUAUAAGAUAUGUGUAUGUUCAGCUUUGUUAGAUUUUGCCACAUUAUUUUCCAAAGUGGUUGUACUAAUUUUUACUUUACCAGUCAUGUAUGAGAAUUUCGUUUUUCCACAUUCUCAUGAGGCUUAAAUUUGAACUAUGAUAUUUUGAAGUUUAGGGCCUGAGUUUUCUUCUUUUUUGUGUACCCACUGGUUGGCACAGUAAAUGACACACAGAAGAUUCCAGUUGCUGAGUGAAUGAAGGCAUGAGUUCUGGCCCUCUGCUCUAAUGUCCUGUGAUCUGGAUGACAUAUAGCUCAGCUCUGGCAUUUGGGAAGCAGUUACCCAUCACAGUUGCUCUUUCCUAUGUUGAUGACAAGGUCUCCCUCCCCACCAUCACCAACAGCUUAUGGUCUCCAGACAAGGCCAUGUUUUCACUUUCUUGUUGGCCUUUGCCAGAGUUUGAUCCAAGCCAAAUUCGACUAAUUGUAUAUCAAGACUGUGAAAGACGAGGGAGAAAUGUCUUGUUUGACUCCAGUGUUAAGAGAAAAAAUGAGGACAUAUCAGUAUCGAAGCUCUGUAGUGAUGCUCAAGUUAAAGUCUUUGGGAAAUGCUGCCAACUGAAACCUGGAGGAGACAGUUCUUCCUCUUUAGAUAGUUCCAUGACUUCAUCUUCUGAUGUAAAAGACCAGUGUCCUAAGUACCAGGGUUCUCGAUGCUCUUCUGAUGCCAAUAUGCUUGGAGAGAUGAUGUUUGGCUCAGUAGCAAUGAGCUACAAAGGCUCCACCUUAAAGAUUCAUCAGAUCCGUUCCCCUCCACAGCUUAUGCUCAGCAAAGUUUUUACUGCACGGACUGGCAGCAGCAUCUGUGGAAGUCUCAAUACGCUGCAAGACAGUCUUGAAUUCAUCAAUCAGGACAACAGUACAUUAAAGGCUGAUAAUAACACAGUUAUUAAUGGAUUACUUGGAAAUAUAGUUCACAGCAACCCAAUGGACAUGCCUGGAAGAGAGCUGAAUGAGGACAGAGACAGUGGCAUAGCACGCUCUGCAUCUCUCAGCAGCUUGCUUAUUACACCAUUUCCCUCUCCAAACUCCUCACUUACCCGAAGUUGUGCCAGCAGCUACCAGCGACGUUGGCGACGUAGCCAAACAACAAGUUUGGAGAAUGGGGUGUUUCCUAGAUGGUCUAUAGAAGAAAGCUUUAAUCUGUCAGAGGAGAGCUGUGGCCCUAACCCAGGGAUUGUGAGGAAAAAGAAGAUUGCAAUUGGGGUAAUCUUUUCAUUAUCCAAAGAUGAAGAUGAAAGUAACAAAUUUAAUGAAUUCUUUUUUUCACAUUUUCCUCUGUUUGAAAGCCACAUGAACAAAUUAAAGAGUGCAAUAGAACAGGCUAUGAAAAUGAGCCGGAGAUCAGCUGAUGCCAGUCAGAGGAGUUUGGCAUAUAAUCGAAUAGUUGAUGCCCUAAAUGAAUUCAGAACAACAAUUUGUAAUCUUUACACAAUGCCACGAAUUGGAGAGCCUGUCUGGCUUACAAUGAUGUCGGGGACUCCAGAAAAGAACCAGCUUUGCCAUCGUUUCAUGAAGGAGUUUACUUUUCUAAUGGAAAAUGCUUCCAAAAAUCAAUUCUUGCCAGCACUCAUUACUGCAGUUCUGACCAAUCAUCUUGCCUGGGUUCCAACAGUCAUGCCAAAUGGACAGCCACCUAUAAAAAUAUUUUUAGAAAAACAUUCCUCUCAGAGUGUGGACAUGUUGGCAAAGACUCAUCCGUAUAACCCACUUUGGGCACAACUGGGAGACUUGUAUGGCGCUAUUGGCUCUCCUGUACGGUUAGCAAGGACUGUGGUAGUUGGUAAACGACAAGACAUGGUCCAGAGGCUGCUUUAUUUUCUUACUUACUUCAUAAGAUGCUCUGAACUUCAAGAAACCCAUCUUUUAGAAAAUGGAGACGAUGAAGCCAUUGUUAUGCCAGGCACAGUAAUUACAACCACUUUAGAGAAAGGUGAAAUCGAAGAAUCUGAGUAUGUGCUUAUUACAAUGCAUAGAAACAAAAACAGUUUGCUCUUUAAAGAGUCAGAAGAAACAAGGACUCCUAAUUGUAACUGUAAAUAUUGCAGUCAUCCACUCCUUGGGCAAAAUAUAGAGAAUGUUUUGCGACAAGAGAGAGAAGGUUUUCAAAACAGCUCUAAGGAGCUGCUAGGAAAUUCAAACGAGUGCCGAAUGAUUUCUCCUUCUUCUGACUGCCAAGAAGAAAAUGCUGUUGAUGUUAAACAGUGCAGAGAUAAAUUAAGAACUUGCCUUGACACCAAGUUAGAAACAGUUGUUUGCACAGGAUCUGCUCCAGUGGACAGAUGUGCAUUGUCAAAGUCAAGCUUAGAGCCUGCAGAGGAAUCAUGGCAGAGUGAGGAAUUGCUAGAUUCAGGUAAUCACACAGGUAAAGUGUUCAGAUCCACAGGAAUGGUUGUGGAAAAAAAACCUCCGGAUAAACUUGUAACAGCUGCAUUUUCUUGUGAGGCAACCCAGACAAAGGUUACUUUCUUGAUUGGGGAUUCUAUGUCACCCGACUCAGAUACUGAACUCCGGAGUCAGGCAGUAGUGGAUCAGAUUACCAGGCAUCACACCAAAUCACCGAAGGAGGAAAGAGGGGCUGUUGAUCAGCAUCAAGAAACUGCACAAACAGCUAAAUCUGGAGAGCCUGAUAAACUGAACAUGGUAUCUGGUGAGCCCUGUGAACUUCCCUGCUGGAAUCAUUCAGACCCCGAAAGCAUGAGCUUAUUUGAUGAAUAUUUUAAUGAUGAUUCAAUUGAAACCAGGACUAUUGAUGAUAUUCCAGUUAAAACAAGUACAGACAGUAAAGAACACUGCUGUAUGUUAGAGUUUUCAAAAAGAUUUUAUACAAAAAAUAGCAAACAGAACAAUGAAUUUUGCAAAUGUGUAGGAACAGUUCACCAAGAUUCAUGUAAAACCUGCUUUCCUCAGCAAGACCAAAGAGAUACACUCUCCAUUCUUGUCCCCCAUGGGGAUAAAGAGAGUUCAGAGAAGAAAGUUGCUGUGGGAGCUGAAUGGGACAUUCCAAGAAAUGAAAGUUCAGAUAGUGCCCUUGGGGAUAGUGAAAGUGAAGAUACAGGUCAUGAUGUGACUAGACAAGUAAGCAGUUAUUAUGGAGGAGAGCAAGAAGAUUGGGCAGAAGAAGAUGAGAUACCUUUUCCUGGGUCAAAGUUAAUUGAAGUGAGUGCUGUUCAGCCCAAUAUUGCCAACUUUGGGAGGUCCUUGCUGGGUGGCUACUGCUCUUCUUAUGUGCCUGACUUUGUUCUUCAAGGAAUUGGGAAUGAUGAGAGGCUCCGUCAGUGUUUAGUGUCAGAUUUGUCUCAUGCUGUGCAGCAUCCAGUAUUGGAUGAACCAAUAGCAGAAGCUGUCUGUAUUAUAGCAGAUAUGGAUAAAUGGACUGUUCAAGUGGCCAGUAGCCAGAGACGAAUGACAGAUAAUAAAUUGGGAAAGGAAGUGUUGGUUUCCAGUCUUGUUUCCAAUCUGCUUCAUUCCACUCUUCAGCUUUAUAAGCAUAACUUGUCUCCAAAUUUUUGUGUAAUGCAUCUUGAAGACCGGUUACAGGAGCUAUACUUCAAGAGCAAAAUGCUGUCUGAGUACCUGAGGGGACAGAUGCGUGUUCAUGUCAAGGAGCUGGGAGUGGUUUUAGGGAUUGAAUCCAGUGAUCUUCCUCUUCUGGCUGCUGUAGCAAGCACUCACUCUCCAUAUGUUGCUCAGAUACUACUUUAACAGAAAGGCUGUUGGAAAUUAACUUUGGUGGAAAGUUAAGUAGAAACCAAGGAAGCAGUCACAACAUGCAUUUAUGGCAAUUUUUUUUCUCUGUCAGACCUUCAUCUGAAUGAGUCAGUCACCUGGGUGGGUAUUCUGCAUUGCAGUGCAUAUUGUGUCAUCACUGGAUGGCUUUUUCAUUUUGAUUGGACUUCUGGAUGGUGGCAGACUUUUAACCAAGUGAAACUAAAAACAGCAUUUGGGAGGAGAGCAUUUGAAGAAGCCAAAGUGUAACUUCGACGUUUCUACAAAAUGAAUAACAUUGAGGAAUUUCAUUAUGAUCACUACAGUCUUGCCACAACCCAUAAGUAGGAGGAAUGGAUAUCUCAUGAUUAAAUGGCUCAGAAAGAGUCAUUUCAUUAGUUUUAAUUCUUUAUUUCUAAGGUACAAAGAUCUAUGAAACUUUUGUGUUUUUUUGUUUUUCAAUUCAAAAUAGCCGAUUUCUGGGUAUUUCUCAAAAUUUUAAACAGCUUGUUAAUUAGAAUAAACUCAGAAUAAAGCGUAUAAACCUGUGUUAUGUUAUCCAUCCAAGUGUACAUAUGUAUCUAUUUUUUAAAAAAGCAGAGGUAGAAAUACAAGAUUGGUAAACAUGCCUUUUUAAAAAAUAUAUUUUCAACUAGGAUUAAUUGUAUAUAAUGUUGAAAUAUUACUUUCUGGUGAUUUUUCUGUUUCACACACUCUAAAAUAUAAGUAAAGCCAAUCUUUUUUUAAGGCUGAGGAAUGUAGAUUCCCAAAAUAAGAAUACUACUUUAUACCAUUUGUUUUGUUUAUAAGUAUAAGCUAAUUCUUAUAAAUGUUAAUAUUUACAUAUUUGCAUUUAAUUUAAUAAAUUAAAAUUAGGAUUAAAAAUUGCACCAAAGCAUUGGCAGAAAUAAUACUAUUUUCUUUAAAAGUGCUCAGGUAGCCGAGGCCCUUGGUUUCGGUAUCAGCCCUUCUUGAACCCAUAGGAACUGAAUAUUUGUUUCACUGCUUCAUAAUAUUCAGUUUACACUAAAAUAACUCAUUAACUCUUAAGAUUUUUUUUUUCUCUAAUAGCUCCUCUCUUCCAAAAGCUAACUUUUUUCAAAGAUUUCAACUUUUCAGUUGUUAUUGUUUUUGUAUAUAUUGUAGAGUGUUGCUUGUGAGAAAGGCUAAUAUGGAACCAAACUCUUGUAAGUAAUGUAAAUAGAAAGAUGGGUAGAUAAAGUUUUCAUUAUGCUCUACUACCUCAGUUUACUUGAAAUACUACAUUAUAGUUUAUCCUUUACUUAUCUGGUCUAAGAUGCUUUUAAUGCUAGAAGUGAAGCUGGUUUCUGCUUUCAUGAACUGUUUUCAUCAAAAUUAGUUGAUUAGCUUAAAACAGAAAACCACUUGCUCAUUCUGUUUCUAGGAACAUUUUGUCUAUAAUGCAUCUAUUCUUGCUAUUUAAGUUUUCAAUAAUUAAGGAAGAUUUCUGUGAUUUAUUUAGUCUUUGACCUUGAAUUUAUAGCAUUGGGUCACAUUUUGUCUUACUCUAAUCUCCAGCUAGACUAAGAAGAAAUGGUUAUUUUAAUGGAAUGUAAACCUGAAAUUGGUGUGCUUGCAAUUGCUUUGGCCCCUGUGUCCUAUCAGCUGGUCCCAGUUAGUACCAGAGUCUUCCAUGGAUGACUUGCUGUCAAAGAGUGUUUAUGGAUAUAUUUUUGUUAGCUUAAUUUUUUAGUCUAUUCAUUAAUGAAGUUCUUCUCUCAUCUGUUGUUUGGAAUUUUAUGAAUCAAUCUCUUUAGCAGAAUUCAGAAUAUAGAAAAGAUCAUAUGUGGCCACUGUACAUUUUUAUUUUUAAUUGUAGUUCAGAAUAUGUAGCAGGUAGACAGUGUCUUUUUUAUGUGUGUUAUUGUUUAAAUUAAUCAUUGAACUAUUCACAGUCCUGUCUAUUUGAAAUCUCUAAUAAAUUACCAUUUAGGAAAUCUAGUCUUUAAUAAAUGGAUGGCUCAUGCUACUGUAAUUCUUAAAACUAAGCUUUGCUUGAAAGGAAAAGGCCUAUAGUUUCUUAUAGAAUCAUCAAUCCUUAUAGGAUUCCUGAGUUUUAUAAUUUGCAAUUCUUCUGUAAUUUCUGCUCCUUCGUCAUAGUCAUUCUUGCAUUACACAAAGCCCAAGGAAUGAGCUGCUACUUCUUUAAAGUGUGAUCAUUAUGAUGAAUGUGAAAAGAAUUUUUGGCCUGUUCAAAAUAAUUUUUUUCAACUUCUUACGGUACAGAUAGAUAUGUUACACAUUUUAAAAACCUAUUUGUUGCAACAGGAGAUGAAAAAGGGAUCUUUUACAUUAUAGAUUUAAAACUAAUUUUUCCUGUAUAUAAACUAAUUGGUUUGAUUUUAAAUAUUCCUGGCUUUUAUUAAUAUGUCUUAAUUUUGAGUUUGAAAAUGUUAAGUGCAAUAAACAUACUAGCACAGAUUUCAUUUUGUUGCAAUUGGCAUACACUGGGGAUGAUCACUUUAAAAAGAAACAGAUUUUACACAAUGCCUACUUCUGGUAGAUGUCUUAUGAGAUUAUUAUGCUUUAAGUUAUUUAGAUGGUGGGAGAUGUAAAAUGUAAAUACUUGUUUCUUGUUCUGUAUACAUUUCUCAAAUGUACGCCUGUAUUAUAAUAACCUCCCAGUUCUAGGGGAUAUUUGUGCAAUAAAUACACAUGUCAAUUUGA